GACUACCAACCACUUUUAUUCUCUCCUGAUGUACGUUGAAGCACAAAAAGAUGAUGUUAAACAAGAACUGGGGAAAAAACUGGCUGAACAGGAGGAGAGAAUCAAGCAGCUAGAGAAACGUCUACAGCAGACAUGUGCUGAGGGUGAAUCACCCGAUUCUGGGAGUCUGAGAAUUGUACUUGUUGGAAAAACAGGAAAUGGAAAAAGUGCAACAGGAAACACCAUCCUUGGAAGAAAAGACUUUCAGUGUAGUGCCAGCCUGACCUCUGUGACAACAAUUUGCCAGAAGGGAUUUGGAGAAGUUGAGGGCAAAUCCAUUGCUGUUGUUGAUACUCCAGGACUGUUAGACACCACAUUGUCAAAUAAAGAAGCAAUUGAAGAAAUAGUGAAAUGUAUCUCACUCUCUACUCCUGGACCUCACGCCUUUAUCAUUGUGUUAAGUGUAGGAAGAAUCACACAUGAAGAACUGGAGACCCUGAGUCUGAUCAAGAAAAUGUUUGGUACUGAGGCUGCAAAGUACACCAUAGUGCUGUUUACACGUGGAGAUGAUCUGGAAGAUCAGACUUUGGAGGAAUAUAUAAAAAACAGUGGUCAUAGAAACGUGGAUAAACUAAUCAGGGACUGUGGUGGAAGAGUUCACAUGUUCAAUAAUAAAGAAAAGAACGAUCGUACACAAGUCUGUGAUCUUAUCAGAAUGAUAGAAGAAAUGAUAAAGUCUGACAGAAACAAUUACUUUACAAACGAGAUGUUUGAGGUGGCAGAAAAUUCCAUCCAGCAGAAACAACAAGAAAUACUGAAAGAGAAGGAGGAACAGAUGCAGGCUGAAAAAGAGGCUCUGAAAUACAAAUAUGAAGAAGAGCUGGAGAAGAUCAGGAAGAGUAUGGAGAAAGAGAAAGAAAAGUUGGAACAGGAGAGAUGUGAAAGAGAAAAAGUGUUUAAGGAACGGGAGGAAGCUCUGAGACGAGAGAAAGAGAAAAGAGAAGAAGAAGAAAAGGAGAAACGAAGGCUGGAGGACCUAAGAAGAUCAGAAGAGGAUGAACGACAAAAGACAGAGAAUGAUCGCAUGUUGGAGGAGAUGAGGAAGGAAAUGGAAAACCAAAAUGCUACAUUUCUCAAGCAGCAAGCUGAAAAAGACGAGGAGGACCAGAGGAGAGCAGAAAGAGAAAAAAUCGAGAGGGAACGUUUUGAACAUGAACAAAAAGAAGCAAUGGAAAAACUAAAAAUCAGACAACAAGAAGAGAUUAAAAAGAGAGACGAGGAAGAACAAAAGAGAAGAAAAGAACAAGAAGAAGAACAGGAGAACUGGAGGAGGAAAAUGAUGGAGGCAGAAAAUGAUAAAAAGGAGAUAAAAGAUGCUAUUCAGAGAAAACUGAGAGAACGAGAAAUGGAAUGGGAGGAGAGGAUGAGAGCAAGAGAAGAAGAACACAAGAGAACAAAAGAGAAACAUGAUAAAGAAGUAAAAGAACAAGAAGAAAAACAAGAACAAAUAAGAAGAAGCUUUGAGAAGGAAAGAGAAGAUGAAAGACGUAAAAGAGAAGAGGAAAGAAAACAGUGGAAAGAAGCAGAAAGAAGAGAAAGAGAGCAGAGAGAGCAAGAGUAUGAGGAAUACAUAAUAAAAAUAAAGAAAGAGUAUGAAGAACGAGAAAGAAUUAGAAAAGAAGAGUGGGAGAGAAGAACCAGUGAGGACAAUGAGAGAAGAGAAGAAGACAAGCAGUCGAUAAAGACACUAAAAGAGAGAGAAAGACAGGAAGAGAUCAAGAGAAGAGAGAAAGAAGACCGAGACAGAAGAGAGAAAGAAGAACGAGAGCGUGAGGAAAUGAAAAAGAACUACGAGAAGAAAGAGCUGGACAUGAAGAGCAAGUAUGAUGAUGUGGCUAGAAGACAAGCUGAACAAUUUAAUGAUGUUAAAGCUCAGCUGGAAAAACGCAUAGAGGAGCUGAUUGCCAAACACCAGAAGGAUUCCGAACUUCUCACUGAGCUGUACCGCGGUACACAGAAGGAAUAUGCUGAGCUUAAACAAAGCAAGGAGGAAACAGAGCGUGAAUUACGUAAGGAGAUAAAUGAGCUUAAAGAAAACACAUGUAAUAUCCUAUAA